AUGCCAAAUGCAACUCAAGAAAAAAUAACUCUCCUUCUCCAAUCAUCUCCCUACCACACAGAACUCCAAGAAAUCGAGAAAGACUACCGAGACACUCACAAACCCUUCCUCACCCAAACAAAAAAAUCACUCAUUGCGUAUCGAGCAGCCACUCGAGCGGGCAAAACAGCUGCUCUACAGGAACACCAAGAUAACAUCGAUGAGAAUAUACACAAAAUGGUUGAUCUUCACAAGGAGAAGAAAAGGGAAUGGGAUAUUGUUAUUCAGAGGUUGGGAGAAGAUGUAGGUGGAAUUCUGGGAAGGACUUUGGUGGAUGUGGUGAGGGAAUUGGGUGGAAGUCGUACGAAUGUAGCUGGAGGGCAUGAUAUGAAUUUGGGAAAGGUGUUGGUUGAGGUUGCGAAGAGGAUGGAUUCUGAGUAA